AUGACGCUGGCUACCCGUUGUAUUGCUCCGGUUUUAUCCAUCCUACGACCCGCAGCACAUAUUCCCCAAAUCAUACACCCAAGAACUUUCAAUUACGGAUGUAGUCGCGCAUUCUCAGCCUCGAUUCGAUCUUAUGCAGCCAUGGAGCACGUGUUCUCUUCCAAGGCAGUCGCACAAGUGUCAGCUAUUGGGCCAUACACCCAAGCUAUCAAGGCCAACGGCAUGGUCUUCCUGUCAGGCCAAAUCCCUGCCGACUCACAGGCUAGGCUUAUAGAAGGAACCAUUGCUGAGAAGACGCACAAGAUGUGUCAGAACGCAAAGGCUGUUCUAGAGGAAGCAGGUUCUGGUCUUGAUAAGGCUGUUCGGGUAACGGUUUACUUUCAGAAUAUGGAUGACAUGAAGGAAAUGAACGAGGUCUAUGCCGAGUAUUUUCCACACAAGCCUGCUAGAAGUGCAUGCGAAUCCCCAAGACUUCCUGCUGGUGCGAGCAUGGAGAUGGAUAUCAUUGCGUUGCAAUAG